AAUAAACCUACUUUAUGUUUCCAGAGUAUAAUUAUAGUCACGGGUAUAGACAGUAUAAACUUAACUACUCAUACGUUGUGCAAAGCCCUCUUUCGAUACGAUGAAUGCAGCAGAUUGCAUCACCUCGGCAGUGCAAGCGCUGGUCAACAAUGAUAGCCUGCAGGCUAUGAAGGAGUUUGCUAUGGCUCUGCAAUUAGAACCAGAGAAUGAAACAGCUGGCCUUGGAUUGGCUAAAAUCUAUGUAUCCAGUAACCAGUAUACACAAGCCGUGCAACUUUGCAACAAGAUGAUCAAGCAAAAUCGAGAGUGUGAGCGAGCCUACUACCAUAAAGGCAUCGCACUGUAUCAUCUGGAGGAGUUCACCACCGCCCGCACCGCGUUUGAAGGGGGGGAGAAGCUUAAGAGCAGCGUAGGCCCAGCCGCUAAGCAAUGGUCUGAGUGGAUAGCAAAGUGUGAUGCCGCGCUACUACAAGAAGCUACUGGCGAAGCGAUAAUCUCUACCAAAUCUAAAGAUGUUGUCACACCUGUGCCCAGGCCACAAGGUAACGGGAUGUCCACAAGUAUUAAUGGAACACCGGUAGAGACCGGUCCCAAGGCUGUGGAGAUGGCGCACGAGCCUGUAGCUAAGCCUGCCCAGGCACCUAAAGCCGUCACCAAGCCUACUAUUGCGCCUAUACCAGCAACAGUGUCUGUACCUGUCGUGCCCACAGUGCCUGCUAAAACACGGUACGAAUGGUACCAAACAGACACACAGGUGAUUGUGAGUAUAUUUGUUAAGAAUUUGGAGGAGAAGGAUGUACAGAUCGAGCUGACGCCGCAGAGCAUGUGUGUCACACUCAAGCUGCCGGGAGGGUCGGAAUAUUUGCUGGAUCAGAGGACGUUUGCUGAUAUUGUACCCGCCGAAUGCACCUGGCGCCGUGCAAAACCGAAGUUCGAGCUGACACUCCGAAAGGCUACUGCAGCCAGGUGGGAUACACUCGAGCAACCGGAAAGUACUGAAAUCGAAGACAGCGAGGAGCCAGCUCCCAAGACCCUAAGGAAGCCUACAGACUGGAACAAGCUGGUGAAGGAUAUAGACGAGGAAGAGGCUGAUGAGAAACCAGAGGGAGAUGCAGCACUGCAGAAACUCUUCCAGGAUAUCUACAAGGAUGCCACGCCCGAAACCCGGCGAGCCAUGAACAAGUCCUUCCAGGAGAGUGGCGGCACUGUACUCAGCACCAACUGGGACGAAGUCGGAAAGGAUAAGGUUCAGAUACAGGCACCCGAUGGGGCUGAAGCUAGACCUUACAAGGAUUGAGUGAAACAAGUCGUACAUAACUAGAGGAAUGGUCUAUCUGUCGAACAGGGAUGACACACCGCAGUGAUGCUACUGUAGUAGUAGCACGAUGAGAUGAGAUAUGCCCCUGACAAGCGCUCGCGGCUACUCAGCCACUGUUCAGUCGUCUGGUUCCGAUUUAGGCAUCAUUCUCAAAACCAGAACUACACAUCCAGUGCCUGGUGAUACCAAAAGACCAUUGAAACUUAAUGGCCAAACAUACACAAAUGCGUUGGGUAGUACGUCGCCAUGUCCUUUUAUCAGAUUCCACAUCACGGAUCUGGGCUCGGCAGGCUUACAACCCAUGUCCUCAAGAAAUACGCGAGUCCAGGAUCAUAGCGCAUAUUCAUAGCAACCACGACAAGCAGUGCUUCCGCAGGGCUCGUGAACCCUCGUAGGUUGGCUGUCAGGCGGUUUUUGUUAUCUCAAGCAACACCCGCAACUACAGCCACACUGGAUCGAUGGUUGGCUGAUUCUCUAGGUAGAUUCCUUGUUUGUUUUUUUGCCUAGCCAAGUUUCUUCCUAUGUCUGAACUCAUUCAUCUUGUGCAUUGCGAUGACAUCGUUCCCUCCAAAAGCGCAAUAAAGAAACCACUUCAGUCUCACUGGUACAUUC